AUGAAGCCACAUUGUUGUUUAUUCACUUUAGUGGUGAGUGUUAUUGUGCCAGCUGCUUUUGUUUUGGAAGAUGGAGGCUUCAACCAAAUGGACCCACUGGGAGCAAAUCAUAGUUCUUUCAAUAUGUCAUUUUUCCCAAGCUUUGAACUCUCAGCAGGCUCCAACUCAGGUGAUAAUGUUAUCAUAGCCAAAGAGGGAACUAGUGUUUCAAUCGAGUGUCUUCUCACAAUCAACCACUAUGAAGAUGUCCAUUGGUACAACUCAAAAGGACAGCGACUGGAUGACAGAGGCAGAGGUGGAAAAUGGUUGGUUUCUGAUAGCUUCCUGAAUAUCACCAACGUAGCCUUUGAUGACCGUGGGCUCUAUACAUGUUUCGUCACGUCUCCGAUUCGUGCCUCCUACUCUGUCACCCUGCGUGUUAUCUUCACCUCUGGAGACAUGAGUGUCUACUACAUGAUUGUUUGUCUGAUUGCCUUUACAAUCACUCUCAUCUUGAAUGUCACACGGCUCUGCAUGAUGAGCAGCCAUCUUCGUAAGACCGAAAAGGCUAUCAAUGAAUUCUUCAGAACUGAAGGGGCUGAGAAACUUCAGAAGGCCUUUGAGAUUGCAAAACGCAUCCCCAUCAUCACCUCGGCUAAGACUCUGGAGCUCGCCAAAGUCACACAGUUUAAGACCAUGGAGUUUGCUCGUUACAUAGAAGAACUGGCACGAAGCAUCCCUCUUCCACCCCUCAUUCUAAACUGCCGGGCAUUUGUUGAGGAGAUGUUUGAGGCUGUGCGAAUGGAUGACCCUGAUGACUUGGGAGAAAGAAUUAAAGAGAGACCUGCCUUGCAUGCUCAAGGUGCCAUCUAUGUCAUUAACCCAGAGAUGGGACGGAGUAAUUCACCAGGAGGAGAUUCAGAUGAUGGUUCUCUGAAUGAACCAGGCCAGGAAAUAGCAGUUCAGGUUUCUGUUCACCUUCAGUCAGAAACCAAAAGUAUUGGUACAGAUUCUCAAGAAAGCUGUCAUUUUAGCCCACCUGACGAUAUGGGACCUGUAGAGGCCUACUCUAACUACAAAGAUGGGCCAUAUGAAAACUGCCAGCUGUGA